GGCGACUCCGACCAGGGUGGCACUGAGAUCUGCAAUACCGCGACCGGCGAGGUCUACCCAGGUAUAUAUGCUCCUGCACCGAGUAUCUCAUAGGACAUAACAUAUAUACAGUGAUGGCAACUCAAAGGAAAACCAGAAGCUCUGAGCUCCAAAACAGAAUUUCUCAAGGUAGUAAUACUUUUCAGACCAGUCUCUUAGCCUGGAAGGUAAAAGAGAAAUCGGGCAACUCGGAGAGUGUCUUGAAAGAAAGUAGUUCAAUGGAAGAUCCUAAACAUGCUGAUGAUCAAGACGAAGAUGACCUGCAGAUAGCAAUAGGAUACUUCCAGAAAGGUCCCAAGAAAACUUCACUCAAUAAAAAUACAAUGUUGGAAAAACACUUGAAAACUGUGGAAAACGUGGCUUGGAAAAAUGGCUUAGCUCCAGAAGCAAUUGAUAUUUUACUAAAUGUGGCACUCAGUGGCAAGUUUGGGAAUGCUAUAAGCAUACGGAUAUUAAAGUGCAUGAUUCCAGAAACUCUCAUAUCAGAAGAUUCUGUGGUUAAGGCGGUAUCUUGGCUCUGUGUUGGCAAGUGCUCUGGUAAUACCAAGGUGCUUUUUUAUCGUUGGUUGGUCGCGAUGUUUGACUUUAUUGAUCAUAAGAAGCAAAUUAAUUUGCUCUAUGGCUUCUUUUUUGCUUCCUUGCAAGAUGAAGCACUGUGCCCCCAUGUGUGCCGUUUGUUAUAUGUACUGACUAAAAAGGAGAAUGUCAAACCAUUUCGCGUGAGAAAAUUGCUUGAUCUUCAGGUCAAAAUGGGCCUGCAGCCUCAUCUCCAGGCUUUGUUGUCACUAUAUAAGACCUUUGCUCCUACUUUGAUUUCUGUAUCGUUGCCUAUGAGGAGGAAGAUCUAUUUUAAUAAUUCAAAGAACCUAUGGACUUCAGCUCUGGUUGCUGUGAAGCUAAGAAACCAGCGAGCUUUUCCAGAACCUCCAAAGCUGACGUUAGGUCCAACUAAGAGCUGUUCUCUAAAAAGAAAAUGGAGUUCUCUCUCCGUUAUACCAGCACUCAAUUCUGCUAACAAAGACUGUGGGGAAAAGAUGUGGAGUCUCUCUGAUUAUUUCAGCAGCAGUAGGUCAUUUCCAUUAGAAGAGCUUCAAAGUUUCCCUCACCUUUUACAGAACAUUCAUUGCUUAGAGCUGCCUUCGCAGAUGAGUUCCGUGCUAAACAACUCUCUGCUGCUUCACUAUAUUAAUUGUGUCAAAGAUGAGUCAAUCUUACUGAGGCUCUAUUAUUGGUUGAGUCAAGCAUUGCAAGAAGAAUGUGUAUGGUAUAAUAUGAAUAAUUAUGAACAAGAAAAAGAAUUUGUAAACUUGCUGGACAUUGUCAUCAGGGUGCAGUGCUUCUUACAAGAGGGGUUUUACUCCUGUGAAGCGUUCCUGUAUAAGAGCCUGCCUCUCUGGGAUGGCUUCUCCUGUCAGUCACAGUUCCUUCAGCUUCUGACCUGGGUUCCAUUCAGUAGCUUCUCUGAGAUGAAGCCACUUCUUUUUAAUCAUCUAGCACCUCUCUUCUUUUCAUCAACAAUUUAUUUCAAGUGUAGUCUUCUUCAAAGCCUGAAAGAACUACUGCAGAACUGGCUCUUGUGGCUUUCGAUGGAUGCCCACGUGCAACCGGUGACAAGCACUCCUCUAGAGACAACUUUGGGUGAAUCCAUGACCUCUCUGGCUCAGUUGAUUGAGUACGUGGGCUGGCUGUCCCUGAUGGCAUUGCGCUUGGAGAACAAUAGUACAUUGUUGUUGCACUUUAUUUUGGACUUCUUUGAGAAGGUGUGUGACAUAUAUGUAAAUUAUGACCUUCCAUUAUUGGAGAUGUUUCCCCCUGUGAUCUUCCAUUCUGCACUCCUAAGCCUGGAUGCCAGUAUCUUGAACCAGCUUUGUUACAUUAUGUACAGGUAUCACGAUAAUUUGACAGCUGCAAAGAAAAACAGCGUUUUAAAGAAGGCAAAAUCAGAAUUCAAUCUCAGCAGCAAGAUCUGUCAAGAAUUUAAUUACUAUUUGACAGCUAUGGUUCGUUGCUUAUGGAUAUCCAAACCAUUUGAUAAAGGAAUGUACAUUGAUCCCCAAAGCUUAGAAAAUUCUGGAGUAACAGAGUAUAAAUACAGUUUAAAUUUAGUCCAGCAUCCUUCUCUUUUGAGCUAUGCAGCUUCCUUUUUGCUUCAGGAAAGCCCUGAAGAAAGGACAAUAGACCUCACAUCUAUUCGGGGGAAGAAAUGGAACUGGUAUUUGGACUAUUUAUUUUCAGAGGGUUUUCAAGGCCUGGAACUUUUCAUAAAAAGUUGUAUCUGUCGUUGUGCUAGACCGCAAACACAGAACAGAAGCAAAAUGAGUAAACAUUAGACGAAUGUUGGCAUGAGCAAAGUGGACACGCUGACCAAAUUCCUCAUUGCAAGAGAGGCCAAGCAGCUCAACGUGAGGUUCCAUACUAUUUCACAAGCCAGCAGCUGUGUUCAAGGAGUACGUAGUCUAUCCUGCUCAGGAGAACCUUUGUGUGACUGACGUAAUUUUUUAAGCAUUCAGAUUUUUAGCUAACUUCUUCUCGGCUUUCUAGUGGGAAUUUUUAUUUGCUCUGUUAGUAAAAGAGAGCAAGUGAUAUAAGUUACUCUGCAGACAUUCUCAUGCAAAACAUGCUGUCAUCUCUGAAGUCCUGCGGAUAUUUUCUGGUUUUCUCAUGUGAACUCCAGCAGCAGCAGUGAGUUACUUAUAAUAAGAUGCAGCACGGGUGCAGCCCAUUCCCGAGAAGCUGAUACUAUCUGGGCCUGCACUGGCAGUAUUGUAUGUGGAAGGAAGGGUAGGGGAUGAAAAAAAAAUCUAUGAUUUUAUUGGUUUAAUUUCCUGAAACCAUUUUUAUUAUUUGAGUAUAUAUGUGUAUGUAUAUAUUUAUGUGUAU